AUGGCCGCCUUAAAAUCAUCGGCAUUACUCUUAAAUCCUUCGACUCGAGAUCGUUCCUCUUACUCGAGUAACUCGACAGAUUCGAAGCAGAAAACCAACAUCCCGAAAUCAAAUACAAUACGCAAAAUACCAGGACUUCUGGCCCCUCGCUCCUCGUACUCGACAAAUUUGAAGCAGAAAACCAGCAUCACGAAAUUGAAUACAGUACCCAAAAUACCUCUUUCAGGACAUCUGACCACCGAAAGGCGGCCCGCCAGUCCUUUAACAACCACCAACAAAACAGUCACCACGAAAACCGAGACCGGCGAAAAACCAGACCCGACAGUCGUGGCCAAGCUCUACGCGAUAAUCGAGGCUGUAGCAGAUCGAGUCGAGAUGCACCGGAACAUCGCGGACCAGCGUAACAACUGGAACACCCUCAUGCUCACCUCCAUCAACUCCCUCACACUCACCGCCGCCGUCAUCACCGCCUCCGGCAGCAGGGCGGUGGCGGCUGCCGCCAUGUACCUGGCAGCAGCCGGGAUGCUUUCGGUCGUGAACAAAAUCCAGCCGUCCCAGCUGGGGGAGGAGCAGAGGAACGCAGCCCGGUUAUUCGAGCAGCUCGGGAAUCAGAUCCGAACCGUUGUCUCGAUUGGAAAUCCGACGACGGAAAAUGUCAGGGAGAUGACGGAGAAGGUGAUGGCGCUCGACCAAGCGUACCCGCUUCCAUUGCUCGGCGGGGCCAUGAUAGAGAAAUUUCCGGGUCGGGUUGAGCCCGCGGUGUGGUGGCCGCCGCAAAAGGAGGAAGAGAAGAACAGGGGAAAAUCGGGCCGUUUGCCGGGCCCGAACGGAUGGGACGGGAAGCUGGAGGAGGAGAUGAGGGGAAUCGGAAAAUUGAUCGGAAAAAGGGAUAAGGCGGAGUAUGUGAGGUUGGGGGAGAAGGCGCUGAGGCUGAACAGGGCUCUGGCGGCGGGAGGGGUGGCGCUGACGGGGAUGGCGGCUGACAACUGCACAAGUACAUUACCAUAA